UUAUGAAAGCGGAUGUGUGAUAGAAUCUGGACAGGGACUCUGGGGAGAGGGAGAAGAAGACCCAACAGAAACAGUGACCGCCUUCGGGAAAGGGGGCAGGCAGGGCUUUCUUUGGCUGGAGGUCUGCGUCUAGCCAUUCCACAACUUAAAAAGCAACUUCAUCAAAAGAGAAGCUUCAGAUAGGCGUCCAAGCACCGAACACAAGGAGAGUGAAAUCGCCUCACAGAAAGCAGAGUUAAGAUUUAACCUUAGGGACUGCAAAUAGAAGUCUUUCAUGAAGCAAAGAAAGAGACACCUGCUGUUUUCUCCUCAUUAGAAAACUCUGCAGUCCUGCUGAAUCACCACUCGCCUUUGGCCCAGAGAGGCUGUUUGUGGACUGCUGAUAGACUAAGUGGGAACAUCAACCUCUCUCUCGCUGAUUGGACCCAAACUUUAAGCACCAUGUCAACUGCCUUGGACCACUACUGCGGCUCAACAUUCUGGAAUGCCUCAUUCCUGGAGCGGCCUGACCCGGAUUUGCCAGUGUGUGUGGAGCAGACGGUGCUGGUGUGGGUACCGCUGUGCGUCCUGUGGCUGUGUUCCCCCUGGCACCUCACUGCCCUCUUCAAAAGAAGGCUCUCCAAGGCACACUUCUCCAGGCUCUACAUAUGCAAACAGGUCCUGGUUAGUCUUCUGUUUCUGACUGCCGUCGCUGGUCUUGGUGUCACCUUAGGAGAGGAUUAUGGGCCGUCGAAUAACAGAAAUACAGAUGGGACAAAUCCAGCGGUUUUUUAUGCCAACCCUUUGUUGUUUGCUGUCUCCUGGAUCCUGGUGAUGUUGUGUCAGGAGGGCGUGCGGAGGAAAGGGGGCGCUGUGGACUCCGGCUCCCUGUUUCUCUUCUGGCUGCUGCUGGUGGUCUGUGAGACCUUCACCUUCCAGACGCUCCUGCGGGAGGCCCUGGGAAAGGGUGAAAUAGAAGACCUUCCACGCUUCUGUCUGUUCUACAUAUCCUAUGGCCUGCAGGUGCUUGCCCUCAUCCUGUCCGCUCUUGCUGACAUCCCCCCAGAAGCUGCGGAGUCAGUGAAAAAGAAUCCUGAAGCUGGAGCACCUUUUCUUAGUAGAAUCACUUUCAACUGGUUGAACAGUAUGGUUGUAAAUGGCUACAAGAGGCCCCUGGUGCAGGAGGACUUGUGGGAUCUGAAUGAGGAGGACAGCACCCACAGCAUCUGCCAGGCCUUUGAGGGGGUGAUGAAGUGGGAGCUGAGGAAAGCGCGGUCCAGGCUGCAAACCCACCGGGGGAAGGCCAGUCAGAGGGCAGAGGUCCAGCAGAAUGGGCUGGCCAAGGGGGUCAGCCAGGAUGUGCUGGUCAUGGAGGAAACUGGCGAGAAGAAAGGGAAGAGAAAGAAAACUAAGAAAAAGGAUGGUGAAAAGGAACCUGAUUACCCCCACUCCUGGCUUGUUUCCUCCAUAGCGAAGACCUUCAAAGGGGUGCUGAUAGAGUCUGCUGUAUUCAAAGUGCUGCAAGAUUUGCUGGCCUUCAUCAGCCCCCAGCUACUCAAGGUGAUGAUCUCUUUCACUCAAGACCCUUCCAUUUACGCGUGGAAGGGGUACACAUGCGCAGUGCUGCUCCUGCUGGUGACCAUCCUGCAGUCCAUGUUCCUGCAGCAGUACUUCCAGCGCUGCUUUAUCCUUGGCAUGCAAGUGCGCACAGCCAUCAUGGCUGCCGUCUACAAGAAGGCUCUGGUGGUGUCCAAUGAUGCGCGGAAGGAGUCCACAGUGGGGGAGACGGUCAACCUCAUGUCUGCCGACGCCCAGCGUUUCAAUGACGUCACCAACUUCAUCCACCUGCUGUGGUCGUGCCCGCUGCAGAUCAUCCUGUCCAUCGUCUUCCUGUGGCUGGAGCUGGGGCCCUCUGUGCUUGCUGGCCUGGCUGUCAUGGUGCUCAUGGUGCCCCUCAAUGGACUGCUGGCCACCAAGUCCAGGGGCUUCCAGAUGAAAAACAUGAAGCACAAAGACAAGCGCAUGAAAGUCAUGAAUGAAAUAUUGAACGGCAUCAAGAUUCUUAAACUGUAUGCCUGGGAGCCCUCUUUCGAGGCCCAAGUCCAGGAUAUCAGAGAGGAGGAGCUGAGGGUGAUGAGAAAGUUUGCUUAUUUGUCCUCCGUCUCCACUUUCAUAUUCUCCUGUGCCCCAGCCCUGGUGUCUCUAGCCACCUUUGCUGUAUUUGUGUCAGUCAGUCCUGAUAAUGUGCUGGAUGCUGAGAAGGCCUUCACCUCCAUCUCUCUCUUCAACAUCCUGCGCUUUCCCCUGGCCAUGCUCCCCAUGCUGAUCUCUGCCAUGGUGCAGACCACAGUGUCUAAAAAGCGUCUGGAGAAGUUCCUGGGAGGAGAUGAUCUGGAUGAUCGAGCAGUUCAACACCACUCCAGCUUCAACACUGCUGUGAGUGUUUGUGAUGCUACAUUUGCAUGGGAGAGAGAUGCUGAACCCGUCCUGAAAAGCAUGUCCUUGGACAUAAAGCCAGGCCGGCUUGUGGCAGUGGUGGGAGCAGUGGGAUCAGGGAAGUCCUCCUUGGUUUCGGCCAUGCUGGGAGAGUUGCACAGCCUGAAGGGUUUCGUCAACAUCAAGGGCUCUGUGGCCUACGUUCCCCAGCAGGCCUGGAUUCAGAAUGCCACACUGAGAGACAACAUCCUGUUUGGGUCCCCACUGGAGGACAGCAGGUACCACAGGGUGCUGGACGCCUGUGCUUUGAGGCCAGACCUGGAGCUGCUGCCAGGCGGGGAUGAGACAGAAAUCGGAGAGAAGGGAAUAAACCUGAGUGGUGGGCAGAAACAGAGGGUCAGCCUGGCCAGAGCCACCUACAGCUCAGCUGACGUAUACCUGCUGGACGACCCCCUGUCUGCUGUGGAUUCUCAUGUAGGGAAGCACCUGUUCGAGAAUGUGGUGGGGCCCAAAGGCUUGCUGAAGGAUAAGACUCGUAUCCUGGUGACACAUGGGAUCAGCUUCCUGCCGCACGUGGAUGAGAUUGUGGUCCUGGUGGAUGGGCGGGUCUCAGAGGUGGGGUCCUAUGAAAGCCUGAAGGCCAGUGGGGGCGCCUUCUCUGAGUUCCUGCGCACAUAUGCGUCAGAGGGGGGCAACAAACCACAGACCCUGCAAGACAUGCCAUCAGAUACAGAAGAGGUGGACACAGUGCCUGAGGGUCAGGAGCCCCAGGCAGACUGCCCACCUGAGGAUGUCGUCUCUGUGACACUGAAGAGAGAGAGCAGCCUGCGCCACAGCCAGCGCAAUAGCAGUAUAAGGUUAAGAAAACAGGGCUCUGUCAAAAAAAUCAAAGACGUUCCGCCAUCAAAGAAGGGCCAGCGGUUAAUAGAGAAGGAAACUAUGGAAACUGGACAGGUGAAGUUCUCUGUGUACCUGCAGUACCUAAGAGCCAUGGGCUGGGGCUAUUCCACCAUGGUCUUUGUGGUCUACUUCAUCCAGAACAUCGCCUUCAUUGGCCAGAACCUGUGGCUGAGUGACUGGACUAAUGAUGCGGUCGAGUACAAUGGAACAUACCCCGCCUCUGUGAGAGACAUGAGGGUGGGCGUCUUCGGCGCCCUUGGGGUGGCACAAGGGGCGCUGGUGUUCCUCGGUACCUUGUUGAUGGCCGACGGGGCCAUCUCUGCCUCUCGGAUCCUGCACAGCCGACUGCUCUCCAACGUGUUGCGUGCGCCCAUGGUCUUCUUUGACACCACACCCUCAGGCAGGGUGGUCAACCGGUUUGCGAAGGACAUAUUCACAGUGGAUGAGGCGAUCCCCAUGUCCUUCCGCUCCUGGUUGCUGUGUUUGCUGGGGGUCCUUGGGACUUUGUUCGUCAUCUGUUUGGCAACACCACUGUUCACUGUGGUCGUCAUCCCCCUGGCAGUGGUGUACUACUUUGUGCAGAGGUUCUAUGUGGCCACCUCCAGGCAGCUGCGUCGUCUCGACUCCGUGUCCCGCUCGCCCAUCUACUCCCACUUUGGUGAAACAGUCUCAGGGUUGUCCGUCAUCCGGGCAUAUGGCCACCAGGAGCGCUUCCUCAGGCAAAACGAGGCCACCAUCGAUGACAACCUGAAAAGCGUCUACCCCUGGAUCGUCUCCAACAGGUGGCUAGCCAUCCGGUUGGAGUUCCUGGGCAAUCUGGUGGUGUUUUUCUCGGCUCUGUUUGCAGUUCUAUCUCGAGAAACCCUGGAAAGUGGCAUGGUGGGACUGUCCAUCUCCUACGCUCUCAACGUGACCCAGACCCUGAACUGGCUAGUGAGGAUGACCUCUGAGCUGGAGACCAACAUUGUAGCAGUGGAGCGCGUAAGCGAAUACACAGAGAUCGAGAACGAGGCAGCCUGGAUCACAGAGAAACGCCCCCCCGAGGGAUGGCCUGAUGCUGGGAGGCUCCGGCUGGAGAACUACAAGGUCCGGUACCGGCCUGAACUGGACCUGGUUCUGCAUGGGAUCACCUGUGACAUCAACAGCACAGAGAAGAUUGGCAUUGUGGGUAGGACAGGGGCAGGGAAGUCCAGCCUCACAAACUGUCUGUUCCGCAUCAUUGAGGCAGCAGAAGGGAGCAUCUUUAUCGAUGGGGUGGACAUCGCUACUCUGGGCCUACAUGACCUGAGGAGCCGACUCACCAUCAUCCCACAGGAUCCUGUGCUGUUCUCUGGAACACUGAGGGUGAACCUUGACCCCUUUGAGAAGUUCAGCGAUGAAGACAUCUGGAGAGUUUUGGAACUGUCCCAUCUUAAGGAGUACGUUGGGGGGUUGCAGGAUGGACUGCACCAUGAGGUCACCGAAGGGGGGGAGAACCUCAGUGUGGGGCAGAGGCAGCUCCUCUGCCUGGCCAGAGCUCUGCUGAGGAAAUCACGCAUCCUGAUUCUGGAUGAGGCCACAGCUGCUGUGGACCUGGAGACGGACAACCUCAUCCAGACCACCAUCCGGAGAGAAUUCUCCCACUGCACUGUCCUUACCAUCGCCCACAGGCUACACACCAUCCUGGACAGCUCCAGGGUGAUGGUCCUUGAUGCUGGGAAGAUUGUGGAGUUUGACUCUCCCAGUGCAUUAUUCCAGAAGGGAGGCCAUUUCUAUGCCAUGGCAAAGGAUGCUGGGAUCACAUCACUUCACAGCACAGCCCUCUGAUCAGUCAUCAAAGAGGCAUAUCGGACUGCUGACAUGCAAAACUUUGAGAUUAUGCAGUAUAGUCUUUUGUAAGAACUACAUUUCCCAAAAUGCAAUGGUGGUCUUUCUCCAUUGCGUCCUCGAUAGCUGAGAAGGCAUCAUAACUUAUCUUUGACAAGCCCUGGGUGCUUUGCAGUCAUUGGGAAUGGAUACAUUUUAAAUAGUAAUCAUGAUCUAUUAUCUGUAGGUAGUUAAUUUAAUUUGACACUGUAUUGUACAGCAUGCCAUUUUACAGCAUUG